CGCUUUGUGUGCAGCAGCAACGGCGGCGCUUCAGCCGAACAAGAGGAGGAGCGCAGAGCCGCAGCGCUAUUUAUCGCAUUCUCGGGGUUAAAAUCGCGGCUAUUCGUCGGCAUACGGACGGACACGACAGCUGGAAGACAUUUCCGCUUACUCCUGUGGAUAGAUCGACCGAUAGCUAAUAUAACAACGCCUGUAAACAAGCGCUAUCCGCGGACUGAUUCGCACCUGCCGUGGAGGCAUGGACAACAAAGACUAAAGCCAGCGCUGCUCCCCGGGUUGCGGAGAACCGAGCCAGGCUGCCUCCGGCCCCCUAAAGAAAUACAGUUUUCCUUAAAACUCGGUAGCGGAACCUGCUGGUUAACAGCACUUGUUUAUAGGCCGAGCCGAGCCCGAACUGCUCGUUUUAUUUAUAGUAGCGCUUUCAAUGCGUGUUUUUUCCUCAAUCAUUAAGUCUUAAACGGUUAUAAAUGAUAUAUAUUAGCCCAAGUGAAUAACAAGGCCUCCAUAGCUGAUUUUUUUAUUUAAUAAACAUUACUUACUAGGAUCAGUUUGACCGGAUAGUGAAUUCAAUGGUUCUGUUAUAAAAUAAAAUACAAAUAAGUAGAAAUAUGUGGGUCAUUCCCGAAGAUGUGUUGCUGGCGGGAGCGCUAUGGAUCACCGAGAGAGCGAAUCCGUACUUCAUCCUCCAGAGACGGAAAGGCCACGGGGAUGGAGGCGGCGGACUGGCCGGUUUGCUUGUUGGGACUUUGGAUGUCGUUCUGGACUCGAACGCUCGGAUGGCUCCUUACCGGAUCCUCUACCAGACCCCUGACUCUUUAGGCUACUGGAUCAUCGCUCACGGAACGUCUCGGAAAGAGAUCACUGAGCACUGGGAGUGGCUCGAACACAACCUGCUGCAGACUCUGUCCAUCUUCGAGAACGAGAACGACAUCACCACCUUUGUCAAAGGAAAAGUGCAGGGGAUAAUCGCAGAGUUCAACAAGAAUCAUGACGUCAAAGAGGACGACGACACGGACAAAUUUAAGGAGGCGAGUUCGAAGUUCCGGAAACUGUUCGGGAUGCCAGAUGAAGAGAAGCUGGUCAACUAUUACUCCUGCAGCUAUUGGAAGGGGAAGGUUCCCCGGCAGGGAUGGCUGUACCUCAGCAUCAACCACAUCUGCUUCUACUCAUAUUUACUGGGAAAAGAAGCCAAACUGGUGGUCCGCUGGGCCGACAUCACCCAGCUGGAGAAGAGCGCCACCCUCCUCCUGCCCGACGUCAUCAAGGUGAGCACUCGCGCCAACGAGCACGUCUUCUCCGUCUUCCUAAACAUCAACGAGACCUUCAAACUGGCGGAGCAGCUGGCCAACAUCGCUAUGCGGCGGCUGCUGGACAACAAAGGCUUCGAACUGGACCGCUCGCUGCCCAAGCUGAAGAAGAAGUCGCCCAAGAAAGUGUCGGCGCUGAAGAGAGAUCUGGACGCGAGAGCAAAGAGCGAGCGUUACCGGGCUCUCUUCCGUCUGCCCAAAGACGAAAAACUGGACGGACACACAGACUGCACGCUGUGGACGCCGUUUAACAAGAUGCACAUCCUGGGCCAGAUGUUUGUGUCCACCAACUACAUCUGCUUCACCAGCAAGGAGGAGACGCUGUGCAGCCUCAUCAUCCCCCUGCGGGAGGUGACCAUCGUGGAGAAGGCAGACAGCUCCAACGUUCUGCCUAGCCCGCUCUCCAUCAGCACCAAGAAUCGCAUGACUUUUCUGUUUGCCAACCUGAAAGACAGAGACUUCCUGGUGCAGAGGAUCUCUGACUUCCUGCAGCAAACCACCUCCAAGAUUUACCUGGAAAGGGAGCUGAACGGCAGCCUGAACAGCUCGGAUGACGAGGUUUACUCCCAUCACGGCUCCCUGCUCUCCUGCAGUCCGCAGCAGACUCUGGCCUCAGACAUCGAACGCACCUUCAACCUGAACGACAACAGCGUGCCGACGGCCUCAGAGGCCCUCAUGACUAUGUACCGCCGCCGCUCACCUGAGGAGUUUAACCCCAAACUGGCUAAGGAGUUCCUGAAGGAGCAGGCGUGGAAGAACCACUUCACGGAGUACGGCGAGGGGGUGUGCAUGUACCGCACGGAGAAGACGAAGGAGCUCGUCCUCAAAGGCAUCCCUGAGAGCAUGAGGGGGGAGCUGUGGCUGCUGUUCUCAGGGGCGAUCAACGAGAUGACGACUCACCCCGGUUACUACGAAGACCUGGUGGAGAAAUCGAUGGGGAAGUACAACCUGGCCACCGAGGAGAUCGAGAGGGACCUGCACCGCUCGCUGCCGGAGCACCCGGCCUUCCAGAACGAGAUGGGCAUCGCCGCACUGCGCAGGGUCCUGACCGCCUACGCCUUCAGGAACCCCAACAUCGGAUACUGUCAGGCCAUGAACAUCGUCACAUCUGUGUUACUGCUUUAUGCUAAAGAAGAAGAAGCUUUCUGGCUCCUGGUGGCUCUCUGCGAGAGGAUGCUGCCCGACUACUACAACACAAGAGUAGUUGGAGCCCUGGUUGAUCAGGGAGUGUUCGAGGAGCUCGCCCGCGAGUAUGUCCCACAGCUGUAUGACUGCAUGCAGGACCUGGGCGUCAUAUCCACCAUCUCCCUCUCCUGGUUCCUCACCCUCUUCCUGUCCGUCAUGCCGUUCGAGAGCGCCGUGGUGGUGGUCGACUGUUUCUUCUACGACGGCAUCAAGGUCAUCUUUCAGCUGGCGCUCUCUGUCCUGCACGCCAACAUCCACCAGCUGCUGGGCUGCAAGGACGACGGAGAGGCCAUGACUGUCCUGGGCAGGUACCUGGACAGUGUGACCAACAAGGACAGCACCCUCCCUCCCAUCCCUCACCUUCACUCUCUGCUCACCGACAACGGAGAACCACAUCCAGAGGUUGACAUCUUCAAGCUGGUCCGCAGCUCCUAUGAGAAAUUCGGCUCGAUCCGCGCAGACGUGAUCGAACAGAUGCGCUUCAAACAGAGACUGAGGGUCAUUCAGACCAUUGAGGACACAACCAAACGCAACGUGGUUCGAACUAUUCUGACAGAGACGGCUUUCAGUAUUGAUGAGUUGGAGGAGCUUUAUGUGCUUUUCAAGGCGGAGCACCUGAGCAGCUGUUACUGGGGCAGCAGCAGUAACCCCACCGAGCGCCACGACCCCAGCCUGCCGUACCUGGAGCAGUACCGCAUCGACGUGGAGCUGUUCAAGGGCCUGUUCGCCCUGCUGUUCCCCUGGGCCAACGGAGCCCACUCUGACCCGCUGGCGGUGCGCUUCUUCCGUCUGCUGGACGAAAACGGAGACGCCCUGCUCAACUUCCGAGACUUCAUCAACGGCCUGAGUGUUUUGUGUCAUGGGGAUCUAACAGAGAAGCUGAAGCUCCUCUACAAGAUGCACGUCUUGCCUGAAAUCACUCAUGAGCAAGAAGAGCCCGACUCGGCCUUCGAAGCCACUCAGUACUUCUUCGAAGACAUCACUCCAGAAACAUCCAUCAGUCGGGAUUCAAAGGGUCGAAGCGAGAAGGAUGACGGCUUCGUCAGAGUUACGUUCAAGACUGAAAAAGUGAAGAAACUGAGCACUCCUGAUUACCGUCACUACUUGAAACUGUGGAACGAGGAGACGAAGCCCAAACGAGAAAGCACAAAGGACCUUCCAAAGCUGAACCAGAGUCAGUUCAUUGAGCUCUGUAAGACACUCUACAGCAUGUUCAGUGAGGAUGUAGCUGAGCAGGAGCUUUAUCACGCCACUGCAACCGUCACCAGUCUGCUGCUGGAAAUGGGAGAAGUGGGGAAGCUCUUCACUUCCUGCGGCCGGAAGGAUCCCAGCCAGGAGACAAAUUCAGAGUCGAGUUUGUGCAGGAGAGAAUUGGUGGAUCUCAAAUCCACUCAAGACCCUCCGGAUCUGGGAGAUGUUUUCAUCCCGGCGGAGCUGGAGGACAAGCCGAGCCCCUGCGAGGACGCCAAGCAGCAGGAUGUGAGCGAGGAGCUGGCGCCCAUGCAGGACAUCAAGCUGGAAGACUCGUCCCCCAAGGAGACGGGGACGUCGUCCGCCAUGCUCAUCUCCGACGACGAAACAAAAGACGACACGUCCAUGUCGUCGUACUCGGUGCUGAGCGCCGGCUCCCACGAGCUGGACGAGAAGCUGCAGUGCGAAGACAUCGCCGACGACACAGUGCUGGUGUGCAGCGACGAGCGGCCCUCGGAGCGCGAACGGAGAAGGAUUCCCAACGGCGGCGGCCUGCCGCACAGCACCAGCAUCGACAAAGACUGGGCCAUCACCUUCGAGCAGUUCCUGGCCUCCGUCCUCACCGAACAGGCUCUGGUGCGGUACUUCGAGAAGCCGGUGGACGUGGCGGCAUGCAUCACCAACGCCAAGAACGUGCGGAAAGUCGGGCGCCCCCUGCUGUCCACUAGUGACUAUGAGAUCUCUCUCUCUGGCUGAAAGACUAAAGCUGUUCUGAGGAGUUUCCGUGACAUUUUCUAGGAUUAUGGAGAAAAUUGUACAAGUGUAUAUGUGAAAGAAUGUGACCAAAUCUGCUUCUAAUGACGUAUUUUACCAGAAGUUUAAAACCUACCAUGUAAAUCAAUAGAUCCUGUUGUCUGAAGAGAAGACCACACUGCAAAAAUACAAAAUCUUACCAAGUAUUUUUGGUCCAAUUUCUAGUGAAAAAUAUUUUAGGUUUGUUUUAUUUCAGGUACACUAACUUUCCAGUAACUUUUUAGGAAAAUAUAGGAGCUUGUUUUAAGAAAAUAAUCACUUAAUAUUGAUGAGAAAGUACCAGUUCGUCUGGGAGAUUUAUUCACUUAAAACAACUGAUAAAUCAGCCUUGAUUUCCUUAAUUAUGGGACAUCUUUGAUCGGCCGACGCGUACAUGUAAAGCUGAUCUUAUCCGCCGAUCUCAUUUACUUGGCAAAGGUUUAAAAAUCAACCUCUGUCCUCUUCUGCUCUGCAGUGAGAGAGGCUCGACUUUCUGUACAUUGGCAGUUAACAGUCAACCCAUUGUUGCCAACUCAGCGACUUUCUUGCUAUAUUUAGCAACAUUUCAGACAAAAAAAAAAGCAACAUGGCCAAAAUCAGAACCUGCAGGUCAGACUUUUAAAGCUUGUAAUCGGCCAGAAAAUUGCAAUCAUUUAUUUCAUUUAUAACCCGUAGUUAGAAAUGAAAUAAUCUGCCAGUUGAACUAGAACAUUUUCAUCAAUAUUAAGAAAUUAUUGGCUUUAAACAAGCUCUCAUAUCUUUCUGAAAAGUUACUUGUAAGUUAAUUUCAAGACUUCUAAGAAACUGGACCAAACGUACUUGGUAAGAUUGUGAGUUUUUGCAGAGAAGAAACUCGCUCAUGGUUUGCUCAGAUGAAAUCAAGUGUGUAUAAGUAGUGGCUGUACCUUUAUAAGACAAUAUGCAUAAGUGGUAUUAAUCUGAUAUCUCUGUACAACUAGGCCGUGUAGAUGUCCACCCAUGUAGUGUUGCUUGAAACCACUUCUAUACUUUGUUUCAGAGCUGUUAGAUCUUCUCGUAACCUUUGAAACCGUUACUGAAAGUUUAGUAGCAGGAAAUAUGAAAGUUCAACUCCAUGGAAGCAACUUGUAAAGAACUUUUGCACAGUUCUGUACAGUACGGUUCCAACUCAGACAUUAAUAUUCUAGUGUGUAUCGUCACUUAUCACAUCUGGUCAAACUGUUGCUUCCUUUAGUUGCAAUUCUGAUUGCUGCUACGUCCUUAUAAGGAGCCAGAAGACGGAGCGAUAGAGAUCCAUUGUUGUGAAAACACUCCAGUUCACUUUAAUGCUGUUCGUCACUUUAGCAGAUUAUUUAUUUUCUUCAGUUGACAAAAAACGAAACCAACUUGUACAACAAAUACAUAGACAGAUUCUAUUCAACUGCUAAAACAUUUUAUUUAAGCUACAGAGAAAAUAUUUUAAUUUCUUUCAGUAUUAUUACACUAAAAUGAAGAGCUUAUAUGUUUACAAUGCAUCAAAGCCCACUACUGCAUCUGCUUGCCUUUUAUUGCUUUUAUUACAUUUUUGUCCUUCCAGACAUGUGUUUUUUUUAUUUUGUGCAUUUUCACAUGAUUUUUUUUUCUACUGUAAAUAUAUUGAAUUUAUUUGACCAGAUGUUGCUGCUCUGGAUUCUGGUGCGUUGUGUAUCACUCGUCUAAUUAAAAUCAGUGUCAUUAAUUCA